AUGGACAACGAUGAUGAUAGCAUGGUCGACAAUGAAAGGAUUAUUGGGAAUGAAUUGGCUUAUCAAGCGGAUCAAUCCGGAUUGCAGGCGUUGAAAAUUAAUCCUAUCCAGAGCAACUUUUAUGCCGAUGGUCUUGUUUCGGUGAUCAGUACACAUCGCCAUACGCUGCGACAUGUUCAGUUUACAGGAAUGAUUAGGGGUGAGGCACCUGCCAUAUCGCAGGAUGUACCAUUGGACCACGUGACGACACUUGAAUUGCACCAUAACGAGCCUGAUUCUGGCAUGGAUGAUUUUGCAUGGUUCAUCAACAUUGCACCCAACGUACAAAAAUUGUCACUUUCAUACCUUCACGAAGAUGACUCAGACGUAUGCCGAGCAAUGAAGAAUCUUGAACACCUGAAAGAGUUGACCUAUGGGCCAUGUUCCGCCGCCUUUGUUGACUUUUUGGAUCAUCAUGCGACCUUGGGGGAAGAAUCAUCAUUGAGGAAAUUGAGCAUUACUGGUAACUCAGCUGAUGUUGUAGCCAGCUUGCUCCCUACAUUAUAUCGGCUAUCACAGCUACAAGAUCUCAACAUUUGCUUCGUUGAAAAGGUUACAAUGGAUGAUUUAUCGAUUGAAAAGCUCGCUCAAGGAUGCCCAAAUUUGGAACGUUUGUCAUUGUCUUGUGAUGCUGGAAUUCCCUCCCCAUUGAUUUACAAGAUACGAUUAUUCCCCAACCUUACCACCCUUUCUAUCAAUCGUUGUCACGCUUCAAAUGAGUCCUUGUUUAGCCUUUUGACAUGCAAACGACUAAAGACGCUAAAAGUAACCGAUGCAGAAUUACCAAAUGAUGUCAAGGAGAUGUUAGAUAGCCUGCUUGUUACUGUACUACAUAGUAACUGGUAUGCUUAA